AUGGAGGAAGGACCUAGUGCAAAGAAGGCAAAGCUGACAUCACCAGACCACGGCUGUCAGGAUUUCUCCCACCUCCUCCCCCCUCACUACCGACAGCAGGUCCGCUCGUGGCUCCAAGAGGACAUUCCCAGCUUCGACUACGGGGGGUUCGUGGUGGGAAACGGCCGCAGAGAAGCCGUGCUACUCUGCAAAUCUCCAGGCGUACUCUGCGGGGUCCCGUUCUUUACGGCCGUCUUUGAGGAGCUGGGUUGCGGUGUGGAGUGGCUCCACACUGAAGGCAGCGUGCUCCAGCCUGUAUGCGAGGCGGCAAGGGUAUCUGGACCCGUAAACAAACUCCUUCAAGGCGAGCGCACUGCUCUCAACCUUCUAACGCGGGCAAGUGGGAUAGCCACCCACGCUCGGGACUUGGCGAAGGAGGUUGAGAGAAUUGGUUGGCUGGGUGAGGUGGCUGGGACACGCAAGACCACUCCUGGAUUUAGACUCGUGGAGAAAUACUCCCUGAUGGUGGGUGGGGUUUCGACUCAUCGCCACGAUCUAUCCCAGAUGGUAAUGCUCAAAGACAACCACAUCUGGUCUGCAGGCAGCGUGUGUCUCGCAGUCGGCAAAGCCAGAAAGGUUGCCGGGUUCAGUAUCAAGAUCGAAGUCGAGUGUCGCUCCAUUGCAGAGGCCAAGGAGGCUGCCGAAGCAGGUGCAGAGAUCGUGAUGCUGGACAAUUUCGAGCCCGCUGCUCUGGCUGUGGCGGCAAAGAGCCUCAAACGUGAUUUCCCUCACCUAACUAUCGAGGCAAGUGGAGGCAUCCGCCGUGAAACUCUCGCUCAGUUUUGCCUGCCAGAGGUGGACGUGGUGUCUCUCAGUACCACAACUCAGGGCUAUUCAACUGUCAAUUUCUCUCUCAAACUGUGCGUUGAGGGCCACGAUCCUCACAACCCAAAGGUGACCCUGAGCAAUGUCUAG